GUAUGAGUAUGCGGUUUCAGCAUCACUGGAUGAGCGCAAUAGAUUUCGAUUAUCAUAUACAAGAAUUUAACAGUAGCAGUAUAAUAGAACGUGUCUGGUUAGAACCGGUAGUGACAUCAAGUCUGAAAAAGCAGAUGCAUGUAUUAUUGUCAGCAAACCUUGGAUACGGAAAGUCUACUAUUGUUUCGCAAAUAAUGUGUGCUGGGGUAUAUUCACCAUGGCAUCACCUUAGACAAAUGGUCAAUGCCUAUCAUAUGUGCCGCUUUAAUUAUAAAGCGUCAAUUCAGUCAGACAUUUUCAUUCGUAAUCUUGCAGGAAAAAUAGUGAAGGAUGUUCCUGAACUUGGUAAUGCAAUAUUAGCUGACGAGCAUGCACUCGACUAUUUAGAAGAAUACAGAUGUAAGCAGGACCCGUUUUUGUGUUUGGAAAUAGCCAUCAUAGCUCCUAUGAAACAUAUACAAACUGAAAGAAAAUAUCUUAUAAUAAUUGAUGCACUAGACGAAUGUGAUACACCGAUUGGAAACGAUCUAUAUGACUUACUAGCCAAAAAAAUAUCUGAUUUUCCACCAUUCUUUCAGUUCCUUUUUACAUCUAGGAAAAUAAGUAAAAUACUUUAUGAGUUCAAGACACUUCAAAAUGUGCGGGAAAUCGACUUGGAAAGUUUCGAAGAAAGGAAUAUUCUUGAUGCACACCGAUUAAUUGAAAUAACAUCUAAUUUAACAGACGAAAAGAAAUUGCAACUUGUGAAUCUGUCCAAUGGGAAUUUGCUUCAUAUAAAUUCGUACCUUGAUUACUGCAGAAGAAAUAUAUCAUGCGAGUUUUCAAAAGUUCCAAAAACACUAGAAAAUAUUUAUCAUUUUAAUCUUGAACGGAUUUUAGGGACGAAUGGGACAUCAUUUGAAGAAUGGAAUGCCUUGUUUGAAGUUCUAUGCGCUUCAGCAAACCCUAUAUAUCUCGACGAUUUAUUCUUGAUUGCAGGUUUAGACGAUAAUAAACGUAGAACAUUUUCUAUACUUCUAGGCAACGAAUUCGGUCACUUCCUAAAGCAUUAUGACAAUAAACUCUCUUUUCAACAUAAAUCAUUCAAAGAGUUUCUAACAAACGAGUCCAGAAAACUUUUGUCAUUUUAUAUAAAUAUUACAAAAGGACAUACGUUGUUCACUAAGCAUUUACUACACAAACCUACGUCCCAAAAGUUACUCAACGAAAAGGCUUUACUAGAUAUAGCGUCUCAUGUUGCUUUGACAUACAACAUACAGUUUGCAAAAACAUUUCUAAAGUUAUUCAAUAGAACACAUUUAGAACAUUAUAGUCUUUUAAUAUAUAUGGCACGCGAGAUUAAUUGCUAUGACACAGCAAAUCUAGUUAUUCAGCUGAUUAUUCAGUCCGGUUUAAGCAGUUCAAACAUGUCAAAUGCCGCUUUUAUUGCAUCUUCAAAUGGAAAUUUUAAAACAUUGAUAUCAUUUGAUGAAAAUAAAGUCAACUUCAAAUCGAAGUAUAAUCUUGUUCUGGAGCAUUCGAUGAAAGGGGCUGACUUAGUAUAUAUGUGUAAAUUUGUGUUUUUCUGUGGGUACAAUGUAUUCCAUAUUGCAGCUCAACGAGGAUAUGUUGAAAUAGUGGACUAUUUACUGAACAAAUAUCCAGAUAUUCUUUAUGAGCAAAACAGUAUUCAUUUAAAUGCAUUUCAACUUGCUGCAGAAAACGGACACACAAAACUAGUUAAACUAUUUCUUGACAUUGAUUCGUCGCUUGCGGAUCAGCAUUCUUUAUACUACGCGUCACAACAAGGACAUGAUGAAAUUGUUUCACUCUUGCUUAACUACGUUGACGAAACAUGUUUACCAUGUAACGGGACUUUAUAUUGGCUUCCCACCUUAUCAUUCAGGAAACAGAAUAAUGUAACAAUUCAAAUUGAGGCUCUGGGAAAAAACUCAAAUUACUUUCAGAAUCUAGACUUAUCACAAUUAGGUAAAAUGCUACAUGACACAGAACAUGCAGUGCUUUUGGACGACUGGCGGCUGAUUACUUGUGAAAGUGCUUUAAACGCAGCUGUUAGGAAUGGCCACUUAAGAAUCGUAAAAUCAUUACUGGAAGAAGAAGUAAAUACUUUACAUUGUGAAAUGUUUGAUGGGAGUACACCAUUAAUGACAGCCGCGAUGUAUGACCAGACAGAAGUAUUUAGAUACUUACAUGAUUCCGGUGGAAAUUUUGCUUUUCGUUGUAAGAGAAAAUUUUUGUAUGAAGACAAAAUCGAAAAACCGGAGAUGGAUUUAUUAAAGGAAAGGACAUGCCCAGAAAGCGGAAGCAUUUCACAUUUGUUAGCAAUUCACAACAGCUAUGGUAUUAUAAAAUAUUUGCUAAAAAAAGGUUUUGAAGAUUGGGAAACACGUGACAGCAAAGGACUAACACCUGCGCACUAUGCAUUUUGUUGCAAUAGCAAUAACUUUAUAAAAUUUGUAGUGUUUGCUGAUAAAGACAAGGUGCACUUGAAUCUAAACUCAAAGUCAGCUAAUGGGUCUACCCCUUAUCAUUCAGCAGCAAUCUGUAAAUCACUUAUUCUCACUCAUUAUGUUGAUACGAGUGUAAGAACCCUUCCGGACAAAGUUGACAACAACAACCGCAGUAUUUUACACUACGGACUGAUGCAAACAGUAAGUCAGGAAGAUGCAAUACAAAUUGAUCGAGUCGGAAAAGAUUAUUUUUCCGAUUUGUUGUUAAGAGUAACGCUUAACAAUAAACAUGACUAUCUGAGAGUUGACGAUGACGGAAGAAAUGUUUUGCACUAUGCAGCAUCCAGUGGUAACUACUGGGUGUUUUUGAAGGUUUUGCAGGUCCUGAAGAAAGGUGACAUUAACGUAAUGUUAUACUGUAAAGACAAAAGAGGAUAUACUCCACUCAAAGCAGCAUUUGAUUCGUUGACUCCCCGUCAAGCGUUUGAAUCGCUUAAAAUGCCAUUGAACUGCAGUCUUAAUGAACUAUUUUCAACCACAUGCAAGGCAAAUUUGUCAGUUAUUCUUUUACCCCAUGAAUAUUUUAUAUUUACUGUCUCAAAAUACCUGUCGUCUUCAAAUUAUUUCACCCCAUUGAAUGUAAAAGAUUAUUUGACUCUGGCUAUAAACAAGUCGCGUAUAUAUCCUAUUUUAAUUUUGAAGAGUUACACACCGAAUGAAUUUAACGCCAUUGUAUCAACCUCUACCGAAAUACCAACUUUACUUGCCAAAUCAGACAUACAAAUCAUAGUUGAGCAUAUAUUUAAUGUUGAUAAUUCCUUGCGUUGCAACAAAUCUGAAAGUCCACUGCACCAACUAGUGCUGAAUGCAAUGAACGGCCAGGAUAUUUUACCAUUAACUUCAUUUCUUAUUCAUUUGUUUAAAAAAUUUUCCUCUCGGUAUCUUGAUCAAUGUUAUGACAAAGACGGAUAUAACUUAUUACAUAGAGCCACAAUGGGAGGAAACAUCGGAACAGUGAAACUUAUGUUAAAAAAGGGAAUGAAUGUUUCUUGUCUAUCAAAGAAUGGCCGCAGUGUGCUUGAACUAUGCAUUUAUUCUUCGCCUUUCUUGAAAAACGGGCACGUUCCCUCAUAUUAUGUUAGCGGUCCAAGAUUUCAUGUCUUAGAAUAUGUUUUCCAAUCAGAGACAUUUAAUAUAUCUUUUGACAGAACACAGACUAUUGACUUUGACACUACCUCAGAUUUAUUGUUGAACAAAACGGCAGAGUCCUUAAUGAAAAAUAAACUUCAAAAGGAUAUAUGUGACAGAAAAAAUAUUGGGUUAUUGCAUGUUGCAGCAGCUAAAGGUCUCUUGAAAUUCAUUAAACGUGUGCAUUCAAUUUUUGGAACACAAAGUAUCCGUUGUAGAGAUAGGUUCAAUGUUUCAUCGUAUUAUCUUGCGCUAAUUUAUGGACAAACAGACAUUGUGAGAUGGAUAAAAACGCUACAAAUGAAAUAUAAACCUCCUGCACAAAUUGUUCAGAACAUUCUUAUAUACAAUUUAAUUUCGAAUUACUUAACACUAUCACGGUAUGACUGGACUUGUUUCCAGGAUUAUAAUUUCAAAUACCGUGCACUUUUAAGAAACCAAGCAGUCAAGUGCAUUAGUCGUGUCCCAUCAGAAAGGAUACAUUAUAUAAACAUGCAUAAUGUAAGUACCAUUGAAACCUGGUUCACAAGUAUUUAUUUCGACUUUAUGGAGUCGAAUGCAGUUGACAAGGAUAGUGAAAUCGUUAACAUGAUGGAUAUUUUCCAAAGGAUUCAUAAGAAAAAUAAAGCUUUUGGGCAGUUAUAUUCUCUCUAUCACCUUUCACAAUUUUCAAAUUUUAUUCGGAGGCAACUGCUUCUUUUUAAUAUAGACGAUGGAGAAUAUUUCUACCGUUAUUUGCAGACUAGGGGGAUGCAAACAAAAGAACCAUUAAGUGAUUAUGAAAUAAACGAACUUUAUCAAGCAGUUAUCAGCAGAAAUUACCAACAUUUUCAGAAACUACAAGUAAGGAAAGAUUUACAUAAAGAGUGGUUUCAUGUUUUAAUAACAGACAAAAAUGAAACGAGUUUUCUUCGUUUUCACGAGUUUGUGGUUAAGCGCAUAGAAAUGAAUAUGAAACGGUUCGAAAAUAUUGUUCGAGAUGGAAAGCUGCGCUUUCUGGAACGUGUAAAGGCAAUGGAUGUAGCGCUGCCUAUGAAUCAAGAUGAAGCAUGUUUUCUAAUAUUUCAAAGUCUUCAAAAUAUUCUAUCUGAAGAUGAUAAUUUAUGGCAGUCACAGUUACAAAUUCUGUUUCGAGACUUAACUCAAGAGGAUGUUGUUUUCUAUGUUGAACGCCUUUUCAAAACGGUCGUUUUUCGGGGUGAUAAUAUGUUUACAAAGAAAGCGAAAGGAUUCAAUUUAUCAAUUGACAAAGCACUUCAGAACACAAAGUUGAAUAAGAAAGACUAUCUUUUCAGAAGUUUUAAAUUUGUUCUAAUUGAAACUCGUAAACUAUAUUCCAAAUAUUUUGAAAAAGGCGUAGACUUGACCGUUGUUUUGUGA